AUGGCUCCGCUUGGAUAUAUGUUAUUAGCUACGACGAUAGCGUAUGGAAUUUCAAUUUAUAGGAGGUAUGGUUCAAUUCAUUUCAAAAUAGCAGUCCUUCAAAUAUUUUUACAGACGAUAUCAUAAUAAGAAAAAAGAAGAACAUACUAUUGAGAAUAAGAAGGAAUAUUUCGAAAGUCACAUCAGAAUUCCAAGUUUCGCUGUGGCUGCGGUGAUUGGAAAACGAGGAAGUGUUUUGAGACAAAUCAUGGCCGAAACUCAGACAGAAUGUAAAAUUGUGCAAGUUUCACAAGGAGAUUCUUGGAAUAUCGAAACAACUCAUGAUUAUUGGAACGAAGAAAACGAGAAACCAACUGAUGAAAAAUAUUUAUUGAUUCGCACAAAUAAAAAAGAAAAGGUGAGAUAUUUUGAGAUUGCGGGAAAUUGAAACUAUACACAACUUUUCAGGUCGAUUUGGUGAAACUCCGGGUUUCUGAAAUUAUCGCAAAUGUUAAGGAUGGUUUCAAAAAAAUCGAAUUUUUGAUCGACUCUGACUUGAUUGGAUAUGCUGUUGGAAAAGGUGGAAGGAAUGUUAGAAAAAUAUCAGCAGCAUAUAAUGUUUUCAUUCACGUAAGUUUUUACAAGAAACUUUGGAAAAAAAAUGAAAAUAAAAAAUUUAGAUUUCGAAGCCAUUGGAAGAUGAUCCAACAAAAGCACUAGUAACUGUAGAAGGAAGAGAUCCAAAAACAUUGGAAAAGGUCGAAUUGAUCAUCAAAGAAACAAAAUACAAUCGCCAAGAAAAUCGACAAUCCUGUGGACUUUACGAAAAUGUUGAAGAAGAGUUGGAUGAUAUUGACGAAAUUCGAAAAAUGAUUGAGAAUUCGUAA